AAGAAAAGUAGAAAUCACUCCUGACUAUAUUGAAUAGCAAAAACUAAGUGACUUUUCCUAUACUGCAAAUCAUGGCACUACCAUUCCGGAAGGACUUAGAGAAGUACAAGGACCUGGAUGAAGAUGAGCUCCUUGGAAAUCUAUCAGAAGUAGAACUGAAACAACUGGAAACUGUUCUUGAUGAUCUUGACCCUGAGAAUGCCCUUCUGCCUGCAGGGUUCCGGCAGAAGAAUCAGACGUCAAAGUCCGCCACAGGGCCAUUUGAUAGAGAACACCUCCUUUCAUACCUGGAGAAGGAGGCAUUGGAGCAUAAGGACAGGGAAGACUAUGUGCCUUACACUGGAGAAAAAAAAGGGAAAAUAUUUAUCCCUAAACAGAAGCCUGUACAGACUUUCACAGAAGAAAAAGUAUCUCUUGACCCAGAAUUAGAAGAAGCUUUGACAAGUGCUUCUGAUACAGAAUUGUGUGACCUUGCAGCUAUCCUUGGGAUGCACAAUUUGAUAACGAAUGCACAAUUUUGUAAUAUAGUGGGAAGUAGUAAUGGUGUUGACCAAGAACACUUUUCAAAUGUGGUAAAAGGUGAAAAGAUUCUUCCAGUAUUUGAUGAGCCACCAAAUCCAACCAAUGUUGAAGAGAGUUUAAACAGAAUUAAAGAAAAUGAUGUUCGUCUUGUUGAAGUCAAUUUGAAUAAUAUUAAGAAUAUUCCAAUUCCAACUCUAAAAGAUUUUGCAAAAGCUUUGGAAGCCAACACACAUGUGAAAUACUUCAGUCUUGCAGCUACCCGGAGCAAUGACCCUGUUGCUGUUGCAUUUGCAGAUAUGCUGAGAGUGAACAAAAAUUUGAAGAGCUUGAAUAUGGAGUCCAACUUUAUUACAGGAGCUGGGAUUCUAGCACUGAUUGAUGCUUUAAGAGAUAAUGAAACCCUGGCAGAGCUCAAGAUUGACAAUCAGAGGCAGCAGCUGGGGACAGCUGUGGAAUUGGAAAUUGCCAACAUGCUUGAGGAAAAUACAAAUAUCCUUAAAUUUGGAUAUCAGUUUACACAGCAGGGACCCCGAACCAGAGCAGCUAAUGCUAUAACAAAAAACAAUGACUUAGUUCGCAAAAGACGAGUUGAAGGAGACCAACAGUAAACCCACCAAGAUACAAUCUUUGGGAAACUUUAAAAGGCCUCCAAGGGCUCGUGUUGGUGAUGUCAGAUGUAAAAUUUUCCUGGGUAGAAGGGAAAAGACUGGAAUUUUUUAUUUAGCUGCAUGUAUCUUUUUUCUAGUUUACAUUGUUAUCAGUUUCAAAUUGCAAAAUCAAUAGUAGGUGAUAUUUUGUAUUUUACAACAUUAUUUCUUUCUGCUAAAAUCAGUUUUAAUUUAGCUUAAAUGGUUUGUGAUAAGUCAUGAGUUAAAAAAUGCAAUUGUAAAAAAAAGUUUAGGAAAUCAUUUACGUAGAAUAGUAUGAACAUUUUAAGGACCGAUCUUUUUUUAAAUCAUAAAGGGACAUUACUGCCAUCAGAAUUGCUGUUGUACCUGUUAGGUACCAGACAUUCACAGCCUUCCUUAGUACAUCACAUGGAGCCCUUUCUUGUUUUAGAAUACAUGAAGUUGGCAAGAGUGUGCUUUUGGCUUCUAUCAAGAAAGCAAAAUGCCAGAAUUUUAAAACGACUCCAGAUCUGGUCAUCAGCUGAGAAAUAAGAGCCAAUCUGGGCGGGGAGGUGGGGGAGAGAAAGGGGCCUUUUGCACAUUCAUGGUCACCGUGCUUGUCCACUGUGUGUCACCAACCCCUGGACUUCUUUCAGCAAAGUCAUCAGCUUGGCCAGGUAAACAGUUAUGGCUGAAAUCACUAGAAUUGGUUAUUUUAAUAAUGUGGGCAUUACUAAGUUUUUGUGAAAGCUCAUAGUAAAAAGCAUCUAAGUAGACAAGCUGUUUUCUUCCCUGUAAAAGGCAUAGUAUAGUCAACUCCUGAUUAUUUAGGAUAGUAAGAAAAAAGGCAGUUGUUAGACACAUGAAAUCGAAGAUAACAAACAUGAUGGAAUUAAGUCUGAGGCACAUGCCAAAUAGUCAUUUAAACUGAUGAUUACUGUAAAUUAGAAACCAGCAUGUGUAUAAAUUAACUGUGGCAAAGGAUUGGGAGAGUGUGUGUGUGAACUACAGAAUUACAUCAGCAGUAUUGAAUCGGCACUCAGGAAUUUUCCAACCGGUAAGGAAAACUGUUCUUCAUAAAUCUAGUUUUUAUCGUGUUUCCUUUCAUCUUCUACUUUCUUGUCCAUACUGUGUAAAAGGGGUCUCUCACAGGAGAAGUUUCUCCCUACCACUCCUGGUAUUCAGACAAGCACACGUGCAGUGCACUGGGGUGGCCUGUGGACCCAUGUCAGGGUGGCGCGUGGCGCAGAAGGUGGCAGAGCUGGCACAGAGGGUGGGCAGGAGGACAUCUGAGCAAUCCCGACCUCCGAGAUUCAGGCCUGGCUGUGCUCGGUCACUUACAUGGAGUAAAGGGAAGAAUCCCAGUGAAGAGUAGGGAUAGGUCUGUUGAUUUUUUUAAGAAGAAUUUUUGAAAUUGAAUGACAAAACGCCACUCCUUUGGCUUGGCCUGGACGCUUUACUUAUUGAGCUAGGCAGCUUCUUGUGUGUGCUCUGGUAUUAACUCUUCUCAACAGGCAAAAGCUUCCCUCAGAAGAACUGGGUGUCUUUGUUUUUCUGAAGGAGUACCCAGUGUUUUAAAGGGGCCAAAGAAUGACUUUUCCCUUUCAGUUAGAGACCACUGAUUUUUUUUUUCUCCAAGUUAGCAAGUGUGUGUGUGUGUGUGUGUGUGUGUCUCUCUCUCUCUCUCUCUCCCUCUCUCUCUCCUUCUCAUAUGCAACUUUGGAAAUGUACCUGACUUUAGAGACUGCACCCUUCCAGUGGGGUAGGGAGUCAGCACAGAGCAGCCACCCAGGGCUUCCUUGCUUGUUCUGUCCUGUAAGUCAGUGAAUUGAUAAGUAUGUUACCCUUUCUCUCAUAAGGCUUUUUUUUAAUAGAGGUAAGUGGGACCCUACAUAGUGUGUGUAUCGUACUUACGGGUAAUCUCUUUUUUACUUAUUAUCUACCCAAGUAUGAAGAAGUUAAGUGUUUUGCUUGUACCAUUCCAGUUCUCUGCUCUGACAGUGCAUUAUAUAAUUGAAGAAAAGGUUUCUUCAUAACUAUCUUUAAAGCUGAACAUUCACCCAACUGAAUACAGAAAAUCUUUCAAGAAUUGCGAUUACAAGGGAGAAAACUGAUGUUUACUUUGAUCUUUAAAAUUCUGGCACCUCUUAACCAUUUAGUAACAUCCAGUAUUUCUAUAUAGGUCUAAAGUGUGGUAAUAGAUUAGGGUUCUCAAAUAGUCUUGAUUUUUAAACCAAAGAUUUUUCUAAGACCGUACGUUCUGUAGGGUAAGCAAUUUAAACUUGUUAUCUAAUCAAAAAAUAUUCUUUGCAUUUUUAAAUUGCUGUUUUUUAAAAACUUUUAAUUGCCCAUUUUGAAAAAUUUUAUACUCUUGUUUGAAGAUCUAAUUUUUCAAGUAUGUCUACAUGAAAUUGUAUUGGAAAACAUCAAUAUUAAUAACUAAUGCUGAUAUUAUUAAAAUGGAUUUUGGUGCUAUAAACUUGUACCUAAAAUCUGGUAGAAGUCUUAAGUAUAGGUGAAAUACAUUCCUAAGGGUGCCUGUCAUUUAAAAGACCAAAUAAACAUUUUGUGUUUUAAAAAACUUGCAGAUUGUUAGGGAUUUCAAGGAGAAUUAUCUUGGUCAUUAAACUGCAGAUUCUUAUUAUUUGGAUGAAGUAACCCACAUACUUGCUUUGUGCAGUAGGGGCACUCUGGAAAAGUUAUAUGUAAAUAGAACUUUGUAAAUGGUUUUUCCAGUGACAAUAUCUGAUGUAUUUUCAUUUAAAAAGUGGAUUCCGUGGUAUAAUAAAAAUUGGAAAAUAUGUUUUGAUAAAAUGUUAGUUCUACUGUACAUUAUAUUUAAUCCUUGCUGCCAUUAAAAUCAUAUGAAAAGAUU